CCAGAGGGCCGCUCCCUGGGAAAGAGGGCGGUGUUCGGGGAAGCUGGCUGGCGCUGGCACUCGGAAGUGCCGAGAGAGGGGUGUUGGGAACUCGUGGCGCGCGGGAACAUCGCGGUCGCCGCCGCCCGGGACAGCCCCGGAGAACCUCUCACUGUGGACAUUGAGAACCAUCCUGAGAAGGAACAAUGCUGUCCCGAUGGGAACUAUCUCUUUACCUGCUGGCUUCACUAGGCUUCCACUUCUAUUCUUUCUAUGAAGUUUACAAAGUCUCCAGAGAGCAUGAAGAGGAACUGGACCAGGAAUUUGAGUUGGAGGCUGACGCUUUCUUUGGAGGACUAAAGAAGGACCCAACCGAUUUUGAGUGGAGCUUCUGGAUGGAAUGGGCGAAGCAGAGACUGGUGUGGCUCUUCCUUGGCCAUAUGGUAGUGUCUCAAAUGGCCACACUGCUUGUAAGGAAGCACAGACCCUGGAUUCUCAUGGUCUAUGGGAUGUGGGCCUGCUGGAGUGUGCUGGGGGUCCCUGGUGUGGCCAUGGUGUUCCUGCACACCGUCAUCGCCUUCUGUGUGGCCCAGUUCCGGUCGCUGCUCCUGUCAUGGCUCUGUUCUCUCCUGCUGCUCUCCACACUGAGGCUGCAAGGUGUAGAGGAAGUUAAGAGAAGGUGGUACAAGACAGAUAAUGAGUAUGACUUGCUGCACUUCACACUGACGGUUCGCUGCCUGUGCUACACCAGCUUCAGCCUCGAGUUCUGCUGGCAGCAGCUGCCCGCAGCCCGGGCCUCCUACUCCUUCCCCUGGGUGCUGGCCUAUGUCUUUUACUAUCCGGUCUUCCACAACGGGCCCAUCCUCACCUUCCCGGACUUCGUCAAACAGAUGCAGCAGCAAGAACUCCCCUCCCUGAGGGACAGCCUCUGUGUCCUUGCCCGGGGCCUGGGCCGCCUUCUCUGCUGGUGGGGGCUAGCCGAGCUGAUGGCUCACCUCAUGUACAUGCAUGCCAUCUACAGCAGCAUCCCUCUUCUGGAGACCGUCUCUUCUUGGACCUUAGGAGGACUGGCGUUGGCCCAAGUGCUCUUCUUCUAUGUGAAGUACUUGGUGCUCUUUGGUGUCCCCGCUCUGCUCAUGCGCCUGGAUGGACUCGACCCACCGCCCCUCCCCCGCUGCGUGAGCACCAUGUUCAGCUUCACCGGGAUGUGGAGGCAUUUUGAUGUUGGACUACAUAAUUUCUUAAUCAGGUACGUGUACAUUCCACUGGGAGGGUCCCAGCAUGGCCUGUUGUGGAUGCUCUUUUCCACUGCAAUCACGUUUGCAUUUGUGAGCUUCUGGCAUGGUGGUCAUGACUACCUCUGGUGCUGGGCAGCACUCAACUGGCUGGGAAUCACCGUGGAGAAUGGAGUCCGGAGGCUGGUGGAGAAGCCCUGCAUCCGGGACAGUUUGGCUCGACACCUCUCCCCACAAGCUCGCCGUCGACUGCAUGCUGCCCUUGCGUCUUGUGCCACCUCAAUGCUGAUCCUGUUCAACCUGGUGUUUCUUGGGGGCAAUCAAGUUGGGAAAACCUACUGGGAUAGGAUCUUCAUACAAGGCUGGCCGUGGGUGACCCUCUCUGUCCUGGGAUUCCUGUAUUGCUAUUCCCAUGUGGGCAUUGCCUGGGAACAGACAUAUACCAUGGACUAGUGCCACCAGGCCAGGCCAACAUCCAAGGAAAUGGUACUUCACCGUGACCUCCUACUCCAAGAUAAUCUCCAAGGGAUUAUCUCCUGCUCAUCUUCUGUUGAAGAUACCUCACUUCAAGACUGGCAGCUUAAGCUCUCCUAGAAAUUUUAUAACCAGACUAUCUUCUGACUUCUGGGUCUUAAGAGAUUUUCUACCCAAAUAUUGUCAGUUUCCUGUUGGGUAAGCUGAAGUGCAGGGCAAUAGAUCAUCUUGCAUAGCUAUACAGGGCAACAAUUUGGUCUAGAACCCAGCCCUCCAUUGACCCUUUGAGUUCUUUCGCCUUUACCAAGAAUUACCUGGAAUGGAUAUUUCUUGAUGGAGCACAGAAAUCCUGACUAGUGAUAGGCCUGUCCUCCACUGCAUAGUAUUUCUGAAACAUUUUACCGCCAUUUUGGUGACUUCUUUCCCAUGAUCUACAUUGUGGGCUCUAGAACCAGAAGCAGAGUUGGACUUCCACACAUCAGCUCCUCAGCAAGGAGGUGACAAAGACACAGCUGGUUCUGAUGACCUAUGCAAAAUGAAGGCAGUCUUGUGGCAUUCUAGGGAGUCUAUACCCAAGGAGCCCCAUGACUUGAAUUUCAUUAGGGUAAUCUACCUUUGCCUAUUCAUUCCUGAGGUUUGCAGGGAUAUAUAAACAUGGUAAUUCCUCUGAUGUUUUCUAAUAAAGAAGCAAUAUGAAAACCAGGGAACUGGUGUGUCCACAGCUGGGUGACACUGGGCAAGUCACAAAAGGUGAGGAUGGCAUCCUGUGGUCUCCAUCUCCACUCAGGUCCCCAGUCACCAUCCUACUCAGUAGUUCAUGUUUGCUGGUGUAUGUUGCCCCAUUUUGAUUCAAAUAAAAUGGAGUCUUUAUGUUACAUAGAAAA